CAGGACUAUACACAGACAUAAAGACUUGAAGGAGUAUCUGCUUACAUUGGUGCACUUCAAUUCGGUUAAGGCUCGACUUUGGGGGUGUCAAUAGCAACUGACGGAGUCCCUUCGGGUGUAGAGCUGUCCAUGGACUAGGUAGCUUUAGGCACUUAUACGCAAAAUGAGUGAUCAAGUGCUUGAGCAGAUUAGCGAGGCGCAGGUGGACGAGGAGACGAUACAGCCUGGAACGGUCUUCCUUCUAAAAUGGCUUGCCGAGACUUGGGGAGAGACAGGAAAGGGCGUGGUCCAGCAGUUCCUUGUCUUCUAUGCGCUCAUGCUGGUUGGCUUUCUCUUCCUGUACUUCAUGAUGCGGAGCACGGCGCAACUACGAGAGAUUCGUCGAAACAUUGCCGAGACCCUCCGGGAGCAACGGAACCGUAAAUUCGAUGAGGAGGCCUACCGUAACAUGGCCGGCGGCGGCUACUUCUGAGCAGGUGGCGGAGCGCCGGGGUGCCUGGGUCGAGGAGCUGGGGAGCGAGGAGGUACUUUUGCACUAGGAAUUAGCCCCCACGCUUUGGGGCGUCGGCCCGAGUCUAGGACGCGGAAGGGCUGCUACGGCAACAGAGGAAAACGAAAAACAGCACUGGACGGCUUAUGAAGCACAGCAGCAAGCGGAGGAAUAGCCCGAAUACGGCAUUGCUCGCGGGUCGGUUCCGAGGCGCGCGCCGGUAGAAAGGGAUGUCUGUUGUGGUCCUGGUUUUCGUUAGGCAGUCAGCGCCAAAGGUAUGGACGUGCCCCAGCAACGGGGCCGAUCACGACCAUGUCACGACCAUUUGGGGCUGCUCUGCCAAAUUUGGCGGGCCGCGGAAGGGCCAUGCGCAAACGUGGGCGGGCCGGGGCACCUCUAGCCGGUGGUACGGAUCGGUCGCGUGAUCCAUGUGACUGCUACUUGUAAGGUGUGGUGUGGUGUGGUGUGGUGAAAGGAGCUGGGUACAGGUGGCGGCUGGUGUUUGGGGCGAAGGGGGGUUCUAUGGGUGCAGUACACGCAUGCAUAUCCGUGGUUAGCCAGGGGAUCUAGACCGCGGUUUAGGAACAUGCUGCUUUGCUAAAUUGGGGGUUCGUAAUCCCUUCCUGGCUGCGAUCUCAGCUAUCAUGUAUCAUAAAUAGGACUAUUCGCAGCAUGGGUGGCGUAGAAAAGGUGCUGUACCUGGUGUUUCACUGCGAUGCGAUGAGGAGCGUCGAAGGGCUGGCAACAUGUGUUGGCGUCUCUUCCCGCCGUAUCAAGCACACAGUACAAGAAGAGCUCGAAAGGCGAUGGCUUGGUGACGGGCGAACGCUUUACAGAUGUACCGUAUUGGCGCUGUCGAUUCGUGGGGGUUGUGUUUUAGCAUAUUUUUUUCUUUUAACUGGCCUAGUUGUCCUGUUUGCCAAACUCGGUACGGCGUAAACGGUGGCAGGUUUGGACGUGUAUGGGAGGCGUCGUGCCAAGGGUAACGGUAU